CACUCUGAGUCAAACGCUCCUCUGCUCCCCACUUUCCUUUUCUCUCUUCUGCAGCUGGCUGCUCUGAGUGAACUGAGACCAGGUCGCUACUAUUUUUAGCCCCACGAUGGAGGGGAUGGAUAAACGAAUGGGUGGAGAAGAGUGGGGGUAGGAGAGAGGGACUUGUUUUUUAGAAGUUUUGCUACAGAGACCUUGCUGCUUUGCAUGGGAGACUGUCAGAGUACUCUUACAAACUCGACGUAAGCUGACAUACCUUGGCUACUGGACAGUAAUUGAGAUAGAUCUCAGCCAACCUCGGAAUGCUGCCAGACAAACUAACAGUCCCUCAAAGCGCUUUCGUCUGGAUUUAUCCCUCUGAUUCGACCAUUGUGUAGGUUUCUUUUGAUUUUUUUCCCUGUGUUGUGUCGAGGAACUAAAGGAGCUUAUGUGGAUUGCCCCGCGAUGGAAUGUAGCCUGGCUACAAAAGCUCACAAAGUUGACCUUUUCCUUUCCCGGGAUUGGGAUUCGGAUCGGUGGACGCACAAUGUUCCCCCUCCGGUGGUAGACCUGGGACUCCCGCUGCUCUGAUACUGUCAGGCCACAGGAGAAGGUGCCUCUGAGGAUUUAAAAGCAGACAUUCAUACACGGAAUUCGGGAUGCGGCGUUUCGACAAGCUCAAAAAGUCGUUCCCUUUCCUGGCACACUUCCAUGUGUACGGAAAGCUAGGCAGUAAUAUGCAGUCGGAGGAGGGCACAGAAUGGCUCCUGGAGCUGCUGAUGGAGGUGCAGCUGCAGCAGUACUUCCUGCGUAUCCGCGACGACCUCAACGUGACGCGACUCUCCCACUUCGACUACGUCAAGAACGAGGACCUGGAGAAGGUCGGCAUGGGGCGGCCCGGGCAGAGACGGCUGUGGGAGGCGGUCAAGAGGAGGAAAGCCAUGUGCAAGCGGAAGUCCUGGAUGAGCAAGGUGUUCAGUGGGAAGCGUCCGGAUGGCGGGGACUUCCAGCAGGCUGCACCCACCUCCUCCUUCCGCAAGCUGUCCCCCAUGCCACCCCCAGCGGUUGAGGGGGGUCCUCAGUCCCUGUACCAGCCCCCCCAGCACCAGGCCCUCACCUGUCUGAUCAGCGAGAAGGACCUUGCUCUCUUCGAGAAGCUCGGCGACGGCUCCUUCGGAGUGGUCAAGAGGGGCGAGUGGUUCACGCCCGCCGGGAAAGUGUUGACUGUAGCGGUCAAGUGUCUGAAGACAGACAUGCUGAGCCAGCCGGAGGCGUUGGACGACUUCAUCUGUGAGGUCAAUGCCAUGCACUCCCUGGACCACCAGAACCUCAUCAGGCUGUACGGAGUGGUGCUCACACAACCCAUGAAGAUGGUGACCGAACUAGCCCCGCUUGGCUCCCUCCUGGAGCGCCUGCGCUGCGUUCGGCCACAGGGCCCCAUCCUCAUCCACAUGCUGUGCCAGUACGCCGUGCAGGUGGCGUGCGGCAUGGCCUACCUGGAGCAGCGGCGCUUCAUCCACCGUGACCUGGCCGCCCGCAACAUCCUGCUGGCGUCGGCCCAGAGGGUAAAGAUUGGCGACUUCGGUCUGAUGCGGGCGCUGCCCAACAACCACGAACACUACGUCAUGCAGGAGCACCGCAAGGUGCCGUUCGCGUGGUGUGCCCCGGAGAGCCUGAAGACACGGACAUUCUCCCACGCCACAGACACCUGGAUGUUCGGGGUGACGCUGUGGGAGAUGUAUACCCACGGACAGGAGCCUUGGCUGGGCCUCAAUGGCAGCCAGAUCUUACACAAGAUUGACAAGGAGGGUGAGCGUCUACCCAAGCCAGAGGACUGUCCUCAGGACAUCUACAACGUCAUGCUGCAGUGCUGGGCCCAGAAACCUGAUGACAGGCCCACCUUUGUCGCCCUCAGGGAGUUCCUGCUCAAGACCAUGCCAACAGACAUGUGCGCGCUGCAGGACUUUGAAGAGUCCGACAAGCUUCAGAUUCAGGUCAAUGACGUGAUCACCAUCAUCGAGGGCAGAGCGGAGAACUACUGGUGGCGGGGCCAGAACAAGCGCACGCUGAAGUUGGGCCAGUUCCCCAGGAACGUGGUGACCUCGGUUGCAGGCCUGUCGGCCCAUGACAUCAGCAGACCCCUCAAACACAGCUUCAUCCACACAGGCCAUGGAGACACAGACCCACACCGCUGCUGGGGAUUCCCGGACCGCAUCGACGAUCUGUACCUAGGGAACCCCAUGGACCCACCAGAUGUCUUGGGGUUGGACCUCAAUGCUGCCCGGCCUACUCAGCUACCAGGACGAGCAAAAAAGCCGUGCUCGGUGACUGAGGACGAGGAGCUGACUACCUCAGGCCUCAAGGGGCUGUCGCUACUGAAAGUGGGCUCCAUCAAAGGCCUCAAGCUGAAACCCGCCACAUGUGUCUCCGCCUCCAAACAGGGGGGCCGUACUAUGGGCUCAGGCCACACCCCCAGUGAUGUGUCACUCAUCGACUUUGGGGAGGAGGUUCCCCCGGCCGCAUCCUCUCCCUCCCCGGUGGUGGAGCUCCAGGUGCCCUCGUUGGCCAAGCUGGCCCUGGACGCAGAGUUUAUUCUGGAUCGUACUCCUACCCAGAGCCCGUGGCGCUCGCUGCCCCGCCCCUUACACCCCACGCCAGUGGUGGACUGGGACGCCCGGCCCUUACCUCCACCUCCUGCGUACGAUGAUGUGGCGCAGGACGAGGAGGACAUGGAGGUGAGCUCCAUCAACUGCCUGAAUCAGCAGCAGGGGGGGAUGGGUGAGAGCCACAGCCCCAUAGAGACCUUGCCGGCUGGUGAGGAGAAGGCCAUGGCCGGUGCAGCCGACAAACCCCUGGAGGACAACCUCUUCCUGCCCUCUAAGCAGGGCCUGGCCUCCACAUCCUUCUCUCAGUCAGCUGAGAUCUUUCAGGAGCUCCAGCAGGAGUGCAUGAGGAGGCUCAAUGUGCCCACGGGAGGAGGUCCCCAGCCCCACCGCCAGAUCAUCUUGUUCUUCUCUGAGGACAAGCCCCAGAUCCCUCCACGUGUACCCAUCCCGCCUCGCCCUGUCAAAAGGGGGGACUACACCCGCUGGUCCGGUGACCUCUCCCUGUCCCUGACUCCAGCUUCUGAGGAAGUCCAGGACCGCCCCCCUCAGAUCCCUCCGCGGGACCCCCUGUCCCAGCCGGGCUCGCGCACCCCCAGUCCCAUGGGCCAACAGGUGGGCCCCCCCCCCAGCAAAGAGCAAUGGUUUUCCCCAGUGCCCCCUGCCCCCACAUACGGAUCCUACCUCUCCACGUCCCCGGGGAAACUCAUGCCCACCACACAUAGCUUUGCCUUAGACCCCAAAUAUGCCGCACCCAAGGUCAUCCAAGCACAAGCCCAGGGUAAGGACCUGGCCAAGGGGCCCUGCAUCCUGCCCAUUGUCCGUAACGGCCGCAAAAUCAGCAACACGCACUACUACCUCCUGCCCGAGAGGCCGCCUUACCUGGACCGCUACGACCGCUUCUUCAGGGAAGCAGAAAAUGUGCCGACUGGUGGCAGCGGUGGGAUAUGCGAGGAGAGGCGGCAGGCCAACACGGCCACGGUCAGGCCCAUGAUGGUGAACCAGCAGCCGCAGAACCAGGGGGGAGACCUCAAGCCCAACUUUUCCUCCAACAACAACACUAGCCUGGGCUUUCGGCUGGGCAUGAAGUCCUCCCUCAGCCUGCCCAGGGUCAGCUCUGAAGGGUCAUCCGGCAGGGCAGAGGGGGGAGCCACAGCAGACGGGGUCAUGAUGGUGCAGGAGGCGGUCCAUGGCGUGACUAUAGAGGAGUGUCAGACAGCCCUCCAGAACCACAACUGGAACGUGCAGAAAGCUGUGCACUACCUCAAGGUUGAGCAGCUUUUCUGUCUUGGCUUGAAGACCAGGACGGAGUGUCUCAAGGUGCUGGAGAUGUAUGACUGGAACCUGGAGGUGGCCAGCACUCAGCUCCUGGACUCCUACGGCUCCAUCCAGCAAAGGCGGUGACCGAUGUCACAAGGAGCAACGGCUGAGUCCGUUCAGAACUCUUUUCAUUCAUCAGCGGUCUUUGAAGGGGCGGAGUCUGCUCCCGUCUCUCCGUUACAAUUUGCCAGAUGCAUCCAAUAUGCAGUCUUGAGGACCUGGAAGCUAACCCGCACUAACACCGAAUAGGAGUGGAAGUCUGCUUAGAACGCAAGGAGUGGAACCAUACUCUUGAAGGGACCAUGUUGUCUGCUGGUCCCUUACCUAUAGCUCAGCACUGAAGGAAAAAUGUCAUUUUUCGGUGCUGGUCUACCCAAUUCAGUUAUAUUACUGCCACAAUAGACCAACUUAGAUUACCCCUUUGUGUUAUUAUUAACUUAUAUGAAUCAGGGUCGUAUUGCAUCCCUUUGAAAAUCAACAGAAACGGCAGUACCAUAGUAAAAGAGUAGACCUCUCCACUACCAAAGCACUCCCCUACACCCCUACUGUAUGUGUGCUGUGUUAGGCUCCUCAGUUUGGAUAGGGACUUUGUUUUCGGGUUGUCAGCAUCCUUCUGCUGCAAUACCCGCCUUCCCAGGCCUCCCAAGGUGCUCUACUGCGUUUCAGCAGAGGUCAAAGUUCAAAAAGCCCACUGGAAGGAGAGAACGAACAUUAAAGAGAACUAAACAAUAUGCAUCUGGUCCACGUUUAAGUGGACUCCUUCUUUUAUGUUCUGUUCUACAGAGUUCUAUUUGAUUUAUAUUAAGGAGAGGAAUUACUUUUUUAUGCACACAUACAGUAUAUUAUAUAUAAGAAGAGUUCAGAUGUUUUGAGUUUAUAUAUUUGCAGCGAAUAUGCGCUGAAAUGUGGUGUUUUUUCUUUUUAGUUCUCUGUUCUUUCAUAUAUUUUGUUUUUGAACCGGUCGUUUGAAAAGGGGGACAUAUUGAAAAUGUUCAACUCUCUUGAGAUGUUUUAUUUUCAUUUGAUCAGUUAAGCCGUUUAUGUUAGAAUGUGCUCCCCCUGAAUUGAGUUCACUUGUGGCUCUAAAGUGCUAUUAAUUUCAUCCACUCCAAAUGUCCAUUUAAUCGUGCCCUACUGGUGAACAGAACGAUUUGACACCUGACUCUUUUUUUUGUGCUCCCUCACUAUCUACUCUAAGCACUUUUCCCACACAAAACUACUGUUGAAAAUGGCCCACUGGCUUGCUUAUUUUCAAAGCACAUUGAUACUUAAAUAAUUAAUUAAGAACGUUGCCAGUGCUCCAGGACAAAGAUUUCCCCGAGCAGAGACAAUACCCCCUAGCAACUUGUCUUUACCUCAACUAUUAGGAGCUAAAACCUUUAGUCAGCACCAAUAGGUUGCAGAGAAUUUUGAGGGGAAGAAAUGUCAGUACUGGCCCUAGUUGGUUACUCACAUAAAGCACAUGCAAGAUCCAAAAUGUCACAAUACUGGAUUAGACUCGGCCAAUAAAGUAUGCAGACCUCUCAAAACCUAGAACAAACUCAUGUAAAAUGUGAGUGUCUGUUUUCAAUGUAUUUUCUAUACUGUGCUAUCCUCUAUAUUCAUCAUAGACCAGUGGAGCAGAGAUUCUGCAAUGGUUGCACGCAACCUGCUGUUUUCCGUGUGUUAUGAUUCAAAUUAUGUUUUGAACAUUAAGAUCUUUUAUAGUUGAUUCCAAUUUGUAAAUAAGUCUUACCUGAGAAGGCCUGAAAACUGACCUCAAAUCAGUUAAAAUUCCAGCACAGACCAACACGGUUAAACUGGCAGACUCCAAGUAGACCACUCCUACCAGUGUAGCGGGCUUGCAGGCUGGUCUUUCCCCAGUCUUUCUGUAGUCACUGUACCAAUUUGGACGUUUGACUGGGUUUGUGCCUGUCUCUGUGUGUGAAACAGACUGUCUAGACAUUCUCCAGUGUCUGUUUGUGAACACAGUGUACUGUCUCAAACACUUUGCUCAUGUUACAAACUCAAACUUUGUCUCGUUGCCCUGUCCUUUCAGUCGUUUGCCCUCACAGAUAAGGUCUGGAUGUGUUAAAUCAAUUUGACAGUACGCCACAUAGCCUAUUGCAGGAUUUAAUAGAGUGAGGCGAUCUGUCAUACCUAUCCUCCCGUAAAGAUUUAUGCAAGCCAAUCCUCAAAGGGCUGCGGUAAAGGGUACACGUUUUUGGUUUGGAACACAGCCAUUGUAGAACUUUCUGUACGCAAUAAUAAUUAUCCUCUUCCAAACAGUCAAGGCCAUCCAGCCGUGACAAAAAGAGAAUGCUUCCAUUGCUGUGAACUCCUUGAUAUACAUCAAAAUCCAUGUUGUAGUUCCAUGUCCCCAUGUCUUACACCGUUGAUAUAUUUGAUACCAAGCUGCUGUAGUUGUAGAAGGACUGAAGCGAUCUUGUGGUACGAUUACCCAAAUUAAUGUUCUCCUGUUCAUGUUUUUAAAUGUUUUAUGGUUGUAUUACCUUUUUGUUGGUUUGUUAGUUCAAUCCGACGUACCUGUACCAAUUUACUUUCCCAGAAAGUGUUUUAUUUUCACAUGGCUGUACAGUAGAUUUCCCCCCUGGGUGUUCGGAAUUGUGCAAGAGGGCAAAUGCAAGUUAAUGCUGACGAUCUCAGAUGUAUAAAUGUAUUUUUUAUUAAAGAAUUAACUUUUUUUUAAUA